AUUAACAACAAAAAAACAUGUACGAAAAACGCGUUUUGUUUAGGAAAAAACAGAGCUUAUGUUUGAGUCGUGUUUGUCUCCUUGUUCUUUCUAUUUCUGCAUCUUCACAAUUUCAAAAUUAGGGUUUUCAGAAAACCCCAAUUUUCACUUACUUCACCAAAACACUUCCAAAAAAACUCAAUUUCUUCACAUUCCAUCUUCUAUGAGAUGUUUUCAUCUUCAAUUCUCAUCAAAUGGAGUUUCUUUCUUCUCUUCUUAUCUUCUUCAAACGACGCCGUUUCAUCAUUUUCCGAUAAAUCAACUCUCCUCCGCUUCAAAGCCUCUCUUUCCGACCCAUCCGCCGUUCUCUCCACCUGGAGCUCUACUGCCAACCACUGUUCCUUCUAUGGAGUUCUCUGUGAUUCCAACUCCCGUGUUGUUACUCUUAAUAUCACCGGCAACGGUGGCGUCCAAGAUGGUAAACUGAUUUCACAUCCUUGCUCUGAUUUUUAUAAGUUUCCGCUUUAUGGGUUUGGAAUUAGGAAAAGUUGUGUUGGUUUUAAGGGUUCUUUGUUUGGAAAGUUUCCAUCUUUGAUCAGUGAGUUUACUGAACUUAGGGUUUUGAGUUUACCCUUUAAUGGGUUAGAGGGUUUUAUUCCUAAAGAGAUUUGGAAUAUGGAGAAACUUGAGGUUCUUGAUUUAGAAGGUAAUUUGAUUGGUGGGUCUAUUCCUUUGAGUUUUCAAGGUUUGAGAAAAUUGAGGGUUUUGAAUUUAGGGUUUAAUAAGAUUGUUGGAAUUUUGCCUAGUGUUUUAGGUGGUAUUGAUAGUUUGGAGGUUCUGAAUUUGGCUGCAAAUGGUUUGAAUGGUUCUGUUCCUGGUUUUGUUGGGAAGCUUAGAGGGGUGUAUUUGUCUUUUAAUCAGUUUAGUGGUGUUAUUCCGGUGGAGAUUGGUAAGAAUUGUGGGAAGCUUGAGCAUUUGGAUUUGUCUGGUAAUUUGUUGGUUCAAGAGAUUCCGAUUAGUUUGGGGAAUUGUGGUGGGUUGAAGACGCUUUUGUUGUAUUCGAAUUUGUUGGAAGAGGAUAUUCCUGCUGAAUUUGGGAAGCUUAAGAGUCUUGAGGUGUUGGAUGUUUCGAGGAAUACGCUUAGUGGUCAUAUUCCUCGCGAGCUUGGGAACUGUACGGAGCUUUCUGUUGUUGUGCUUUCCAACCUUUUCAACCCGGUUGGGGAUGUUGAGUUUGUUGCUUUGAAUGAUGAGUUGAAUUACUUUGAAGGUUCGAUGCCUGAAGAAGUCGUGACACUUCCAAAGCUUAGGAUUUUGUGGGCUCCCAUGGUGAAUUUGGAGGGAGGUUUUCCUAUGAGUUGGGGUGCUUGUAGUAACUUGGAGAUGGUUAAUUUGGCUCAGAAUUUCUUCACUGGAGAAUUCCCGAACCAGCUCGGUUUAUGUAAGAAGCUGCAUUUUCUUGAUCUGAGCUCAAACAAUCUUACUGGGGAGCUUUCUAAGGAACUACAAGUUCCAUGUAUGACUGUGUUUGAUGUUAGUGUGAAUAUGUUGUCUGGUUCAGUUCCUGUUUUUUCCAACAACGGCUGCUCUCCAUUUCCUUUAUGGAAUGGGAAUCCAUUUGAAUCUGUCGACGUUACGUCUCCUUAUGCAUCAUAUUUUUCAUCGAAAGUUCGUGAGAGAUUACUUUUCACAUCAUUAGGGGGAGUUGGCAUUUCAGUCUUUCACAACUUCGGGCAAAACAACUUCACCGGCAUUCAGUCGUUGCCAAUAGCACGAGACAGGAUGCAAGAAAAGAGUGGUUACACACUUCUUGUCGGAGAGAACAAACUCACUGGACUAUUUCCUACAUAUUUACUUGAGAAAUGUGAUGGAUUAGAUGCAUUGCUUUUGAAUGUGAGUUAUAAUAGGUUUUCUGGUGAGUUUCCUUCUAAUAUUAGUAAAAUGUGCAGAUCACUGAAUUUUUUGGAUGCAUCUGGAAAUCAAAUUUCAGGACCCAUUCCACCUGCUUUAGGGGAUUCGGUCUCUCUAGUUUCCCUGAACCUCAGUAGAAACCUAUUACUAGGUCAAAUUCCCUCUAGCCUCGGACAGAUGAAGGAUCUGAAGCUUCUAUCUUUGGCUGGUAAUAACUUGAGUGGCUCAAUUCCUUCCAAUCUGGGUCAGUUGUAUUCCUUACAAGUCUUGGACCUUUCAACAAACUCUCUUACCGGUGAGAUUCCUAAGUUUAUUGAGAACAUGAGAAAUCUGACCAUUGUUUUGCUGAAUAACAACAACCUUUCUGGACACAUUCCAGCUGGUUUAGCUAAUGUAACUACACUCUCUGUAUUCAACGUGUCUUUCAAUAACUUAUCUGGAUUCUUGCCAUCAAAUAGUAGCUUGAUCAAAUGCAGCAGUGCUGUUGGGAAUCCAUUUCUAAGUUCCUGCCGUGGCGUUUCUCUGACUGUACCAUCGGCAAAUCAACAAGGACAAUUUGAUGACAAUUCUUCCAUGACUGCAGCAGAUAUUGAAAAAAGUAGCGAUAAUGGUUUUAGCGCUAUUGAGAUAGCAUCUAUAGCUUCUGCUUCAGCCAUUGUCUCUGUUCUUAUAGCCCUCAUUGUUCUGUUCUUUUUCACGCGAAGGUGGAAGCCGAAUUCCAGGGUUGGCGGUUCUACCAAAAGAGAAGUUACAGUGUUUACUGAUAUCGGUGUCCCUUUGACAUUUGAAAAUGUUGUCCAAGCCACGGGAAAUUUCAAUGCAAGCAACUGUAUUGGGAGUGGAGGAUUUGGAGCAACUUAUAAGGCAGAGAUAUCUCAAGGAAUCUUGGUGGCAGUGAAACGUCUUUCAGUUGGACGUUUUCAAGGUGUUCAACAGUUCCAUGCGGAGAUUAAGACCCUUGGAAGGCUUCAUCAUCCAAACCUUGUAACUCUGAUUGGUUACCAUGCUUGUGAGACAGAGAUGUUUCUCAUAUAUAAUUAUCUUCCAGGUGGUAAUCUUGAAAAGUUCAUCCAGGAGAGAUCCACAAGGGCCGUGGAUUGGAAAGUUCUUCACAAGAUUGCGUUGGACAUAGCGCGUGCACUUUCCUAUCUGCACGAUCAAUGUGUACCCCGUGUUCUUCAUCGCGAUGUCAAGCCUAGCAAUAUCUUGUUGGAUGACGAUUUGAAUGCUUAUCUAUCCGACUUUGGACUGGCCAGACUUCUAGGAACUUCGGAGACACAUGCUACAACCGGUGUCGCAGGAACAUUUGGUUAUGUUGCUCCCGAAUACGCAAUGACAUGUCGUGUUUCCGAUAAAGCUGAUGUGUAUAGCUACGGUGUGGUGCUUCUUGAGUUGCUCUCAGAUAAGAAGGCAUUGGACCCUUCGUUUUCUUCUUACGGAAAUGGUUUCAAUAUAGUAGCAUGGGGAUGCAUGCUGCUGAGGGAAGGAAGGGCAAAGGAGUUCUUCGCCGCAGGGUUAUGGGAUGUAGGACCGGAACAUGAUUUGGUAGAGGUUCUUCACUUGGCUGUUGUAUGUACUGUUGACUCACUAUCAACAAGACCUACAAUGAAACAGGUUGUGAAAAGACUAAAGCAACUUCAACCUCCACCAUGCUAGCCCCUUGUGUGGCUGUGCUCUUUUGAAAUCAUUGUUAAUUGGUAGCAAUAUUUUUCUUCCACUUUUUAAUUUGUAACUUUGUAAUUUGUGAUUUAUUAGAUUUUGGUCCUUUUUUAUGGACUUGUAUUAGGUAGAGUGCCCCAAUUUGUACGUAAUCAUCCCCUUGUAAAUUUUAAUAUAGUUGUAUCCCCAAUUUUCGACGCAAUUUUCUUGAUUAGUUUAGGGGACUUGGUGAUGGUUCUGCAGAAGAAUGUAGAUGUUUGAUUUCCACGCCACAGGCAUCUUUUUCAUCUCUAUGUUGUUCAAUAAAAUUAUAGAAUAAAUUCAGUUUCUUGAAA